GAUAUUUCGCCCCCAAAAUCUCAGCUUUCAUUACUGCACGACUUUCAGCUCUCUGGGUAUCUCAGAUAAGUUUCUUUGCUUCUGUUCCUUAUCUUUCAGGAGUGUUUUAUUAUUCUGUGGAAGCCUUUAAUUUGGGUGGAGUUUUAAAUUUUGGAACUGGGUUGUGUUGAAGUUUGUGCAAAUGGUGUUUCUGUUUGGUUUUCAUGUCGGGAGGAACUGAAAAGAUGCAUACUUGAUGGUUUUGGAUAGUCGUAUUGGUGUGAGUAUGUUUGAUUUUUGUGUUUGAGUGCAUGGAAUAUGUGAGUCUGUGAAUCUGUGGAGUUGGGUUUUAAGGUGGUAGUGGUUUUAUGGUAUUGAUCUGAGUUCCCGUUUAGAAUAAGGUUAUGGAAGGGCAUUUGUCACAAGGAGGUAGGAUUCCUGGUGGGGGAAGCUAUGCCGGUCUUGAUUUGCAAGGGUCAUUGAGGGCUCACCAUCAGACCCAACACCCACUUAGCCUACAACAGCAGCAUCAUCAAAUUUCUCGGCAAGGGUCCAUGGUGCAUCCCUCGAUUCAUGAGGGUUUUCCUGUCAAAAUGGGAACUAUGCAUAAUUGUGAUCGGACCCUUUCGAUGGUUGAUUACAAUAAGGGAGAGAAAUGCAAGAACUCGGUGAGUGAUGAGGAUGAGCCGAGUUAUACGGAGGAGGGUGUUGAUAGUCAUAUUGAAGCAAGUAGAGGGAAGAAGGGUUCUCCCUGGCAGCGUGUGAAGUGGACUGAUAAGAUGGUGAGGCUUCUGAUUACUGCAGUGUCUUAUAUAGGUGAGGAUAUUGGUUCAGAUUGCGGUGGCGUGGGAAGAAGGAAGUUUUCUGCUCUGCAGAAAAAGGGAAAGUGGAAAUCUGUUUCCAAGGUCAUGGCAGAAAGGGGUUAUCAUGUUUCUCCGCAGCAGUGUGAGGAUAAGUUUAAUGACCUUAAUAAAAGGUACAAGAAACUUAAUGACAUGCUGGGGAGGGGCACUUCUUGCCAGGUUGUAGAGAACCCUGCACUUUUGGAUGUGAUAGAUUACUUGACAGAAAAAGAAAAAGAUGAUGUUAGGAAAAUAUUGAGUUCAAAGCACCUGUUUUAUGAAGAAAUGUGUUCCUAUCAUAAUGGAAAUCGUUUGCAUCUGCCUCAUGAUCCAGCAUUGCAGCAUGCCUUACAGGAGGCUCUUAGAAAUAGAGAUGAUCAUGAUACUGAUGAUCUGAGGAGGCAUCACCAUGAUGAUCUUGAUGAAGAUGAUCAAGAUAUGGAAACUGAAGAGCGUGAUGACUUUGAUGAAAAUAAUGCUUCACAUGGUGAUAACAGGGGAAUGUUUGGUGGGUUAGGAGAGUCUGUGAAGAGGUUGAGGCAAGGUCAAGGUCGUGAAGAUAUUAACUUUAAUGGGUUUAUGAAUUCCCAAGAUUGUAACAGAAGUUCUUAUUCUCAUCCCCAAAUUGCCCAAGGUGAUGUGAAUCAAGCCUUACCUGAUAACACAAAAGCUGCUUGGUUACAGAAGCAGUGGAUUGAGUCCCGGUCUGUUCAGUUAGAAGAACAGAAGUUACAGAUUCAAGUUGAGAUGUUAGAAUUGGAGAAACAGCGUCUCAAGUGGCAAAAAUUUAGCAAGAAAAGAGACCGUGAACUGGAAAAGCUGAAAAUGGAUAAUGAGAGAAUGAAGCUUGAGAAUGAGCGUAUGUCAUUAGAAUUGAAAAGGAAGGAAAUGGGUGCUGGAUUUAGCUAAUGGCUGUUCUGAACUUCCUAUUAAUUUUUACUGCAAUUGUGGUACUUGCGAGCAACAUCAUAUCCUUUAAAAAUGGUAAGCUGCCGUUUGUUCAAGCAUUCUCUAUAGGAUGGGGGAACUUUCUUGGAAUGAUGACUCUACCUAGAUGUUAUCUGUAAAAUUUAAGACUGACAUCAAUGACGGCUAGUUAUCAUCAUAUUGCUUAUGGUAAAACUGUACUAUCACAUAAAAAUGUGAUUACUAUGUUGUUUGUAUGAUCGAGAUCUAGAUAGCAUAUUGUAUUUGGCAAUUUUCUUUGAUCAAUCAGUUUUAUCAUUAUUCUUUGGGUUUUAUUUCUAUGGUGGCAGCAUAACAUCAGCAA